AUGGAUGAUUCAGUUAUAAGGUCACAUUUAACCACCAAGUUCAACUCGAAUAUUGAUUAUUUAGAGUAUGUUCCUGUACAGCAAACACCAGAACAAAAACAAGACUACCUCCACCAUGACAUAAACAGCGAUCACUGCCCUCAUUACCUAAGUGAUAACCAAAACCUAACCAACUUCAUCAAGUACAUCAAUGCUAAUCCUGACUUUAAGAUUAAGAACCAAUUCUACUACAAUAGACUAUCAAACAUAUGUUGGAGAAGAAUAUACAAGAAUCAUUUAAAUUUAAAGACAAUUAAUCCAUUUAAUAUUAACUGGGAUAAGAACUCAGAUAUCACUUGGUUAUAUGCACCCAAGUUAGUACCAGCUGAAACCAACUUGGACAUUGAAACACUGGUGGAGAAGGAGAAGGAGAAGGAGAACAAGAGGACUGGAUCUGCUUUUGCAUCGAUGCUAAAUGAUGAUGACGAUGUGAUCAUCACUGACGAUGAAGGCACACCAGUCGAAGAAGAUGAAGACAACAUGUCAGUGGUAUCAAUAGAUUCAAACUCAACUACUUUCAGCCUUUCAUCAAGAAAAGGUUCAACAUCAUCGUCACUAUUUGAAAUGGAUGACGAUAAACCACAACAAAAAGAGCAACAACCACAAUUGAAAUCAAUACUUAAACACACUCCAACUACUACCACUACUACUACCACAGCAUCAAUCAAGAGAGCUCGCCGUGUAUCAUUCAAUUAUAUUAUCAGCACAAGAGAAAUCAUUGAUAAUAUUGCAUUAGACUACAAUUUUUUAGAUAAAAAUUGUAUUUAA